GGAGUUGGAGUUACGUGGAGGAUCGACAAAAUGAGCGAUGGAUCUUCGCAGAAGAAGUCCGACGAAGGGACUUCGAGGCCACUGGUCGAAGGACGGAAGUGCUACAAGUGCGGUGAGAUGGGGCAUUUUGCGAGGGAUUGUGCUGAAUUUUGGCAAUCGAAGGCACUUGGGCGAGCCUUCGUGUCGUCCGCAUAUGGGUCAAGUGGCACAAGGAUGGGGAGACCGACUGAACCGGAGAGUAGUGCGAGGAGGAGUCGAUCGGCGGAUAGUGGAAAUGCGCGUGCUGAGACAGACGACACAAGUAUGCUAAUGCAAGAGUACCUCGUUGCUAUGGCGCAGGAAAGGCGCGAUAGGCUCGAAAGGGAGGCAGCUGAGGAACGGCGGAGGAUGGAGGAGGAAGCGAGGCUUGAAAAAGAAAGGAAGCGAGCCGAGAAGAUUAAGGAGAAGCAACAUUAUGAGGAGGAACGAGAUGCGAGAUUGUUGAGUUUGAUUAGCGGGAAGAUUAAAAUGGAAGAAGAGGUGCGGCGGGGCAGGAGUGGUUGGAAAGGGAAAGGCGUAUACAGGACCAACGAAUAUGGGGAAACGAUGGAAGAAGAAAAAGAGAGACUGAGGAGGAUGAUAGCAGGUCAGGAGGAACUGGAAGUUGACGAGGAACUUCAACUACUCCGGAAGCAAGCGGCGAAGCUAAAGAUAAAUGAGAAAUUGGAGAAGCGAAAGUGAGGACCGGAAAUACCGGUUGGGAAUAGUCCACCGGUCAUGACACCG